AUGGUCCAGUUUGAAAACAUUACUGUGAGGAGAGUCCUGAAGGGCAAUGCGGAGCUCGUGAGUAGAUGCAAUGUCACAACCUUCCCUUCUGGCUUCCUGCUUUUAAACAAAGACUCUUGCAAACCCAUCCCUCUGGAAAACAUCUUAAGACCCCUUUAUACAGGCUUCCUGCAAACACUACCUGAGGUAAUCAGAGAAACCUUCUUUGAGGAUCCUGAGCCACCAAGGGCAGAACCAAAGACUAUCCCUGCCUUCUGGGAGGCAGCAGACAGGACAAAGGUGUACAUGGCGGACCUGGACUCUGCUGUGCUUUGCAGCCUAAAGAGAAUUGAAGUAAGAUUCUCCUACCUUGAUGAAGAGCAUCUCUCUGCACUGAAGCAGUUUGUGAAUAUAUUGGCCAAGUAUUUUCCAGAGCAGUCUGUGAUCAAGGAUUAUCUGCACAAACUGGAUGUGUGGUUGAAGUCAGAUGUGGUAACAAAUGUUUCACGCAGUGAAUGGACAGAAGCUCUACGGGCUACGAAGGAGGGUUUAAAUGUCAGCUUGCCAGAUUCUCCAGUCUGGGUGAGUUGCCAAGGAAGCAGUCCUGGAUUUGAAAGUUAUUCAUACUCUGUCUGGAUUCUCUUCCACCUGCUGACAGUACAGGAAGCACUGAAAAGUGAUGGGAGUGACUCACCAUUGGAGGUCCUUCCUGCAAUGAGAGAAUUCAUGAGGAACUUCUAUGGUUGCCCAGAUAAUGCAAAACACUUUGAAAGCUUGGCGGCAGAAUCCCUGAAUGAAGUGAAGAGCAAAGAUGAAGCUAUUCUCUGGCUUUGGUCAAGCUUUGCAGGAACGUCCGGCACCUACGUCAUUCUCAUUUCGGCACUAGUUGGAAGAUGUACCUGUUUACUUGGGCUUUUCCAUUUUUUAUGAGUGACUGUUUAAAGCCUUCUCCUCUGUUUAGCUGUUUUUAGUUGCCUCUGUUUGCUUCUGUAUUUAAUCUGUUUUUUUGUAUUAUUAUUUAUUUGAUUUAUUAGUUACCUGAUGACAAAGGUAGUUUCUAGCUAACUUACAAAUUUAUAAGCAGAAUAAGAAGACAGCAUGGGUAGUAUCCUCAGAGUAGACCCAAUGAAAUUAAUGGGCAUAACUAACUUGGGUCCUUUAAUUUCGGUGGGUCUUCUCUGAGUAAAACUUAGUUGCAUGUAAUCUAUAGCCAUCAUCAACCCACUAGCAAAACAACUGCCUCAAGAAUCACAUCAGCCACAGCAAAAUAUCUCUAGUAUAUGGACUAUGGUAUACUACAUACUACCAUCAUAGUCCUCCAAAGAGGAAGGUCUUCUUAACCUGGCAUCAAAGAGAUGUUAAAGUGCAAGAUGGGCAUCACAGGAGAGAGCAUUCCAUAGCCAAAGGGCCACCACUGAAGGGGCCCUCUCAUGUCACCUCCCUCCAGACUUCCUUUUUUUUACUGAUGGUACCACCCAGGUAUCAAUGCAUGACCUGUUGUUGUUGUUGUUGUUAUGUGCCUUCAAGUCGAUUACAUCUUUUGGCAACCCUAUGAAUCAGCAACCUCCAAGAGCAUCUGUCGUGAACCACCCUGUUCAGAUCCUGUAAGUUCAGGUCUGUGGCUUCCUUUAUGGAAUCAAUCCAUCUCUUGUUUGGCUUUCCUCUUUUUCUACUCCCUGCUGUUUAUCCCAGCAUUAUUGUCUUUUCUAGUGAAUCAUGUCUUCUCAUUAAGUGUCCAAUGUAUGAUAACCUCAGUUUCAUCGUUUUAGCUUCUAGUGACAGUUCUAGUUUAAUUUGUUCUAACACCCAAUUAUUUGUCUUUUUCGCAGUCCAUGAUAUGUUGUCAACUUUAAAGUGACAUAAAUCUUCUGUUGUCAUUA